AUGAAUGAAAAUAAUAUAUCAGAAAAGAAGGAUAAUGAUGAUGACUUUUUAAGUGGAAUAGAUAAAUUACAUUCAAUAGUAACAGAAAAUAAUAACAAUAAUUAUGACGAAAUAAAUAACAUUAAUAAUAAUAAACAAAAUAACUAUACUAAUAAUAUAAAUGAUCAUAACAAUUUUAAUGAAAACACACGUACUGACAAGUUCAAUUUUUCUAACCAUACAACAGAACUAAGUACAACAAAAAAUUUACAAGAACCUUGUAAUUUAGUCCCACCAGACAAUAAUAAUCAAACAAUUAAUGAUAAAGAAUUAAAAGAUAAACUUCAAAAAGAAUCAUCAUUUGAAAAUAAUAUAAAUAAACAAAGUUUUACAAAUAAUAAUGAUACACCCACAGAUACUCGUAAUACAAAAAAAUCGGGAAAACAAUAUAAUAAAAAAAAUAAUAAUGAUUCUAAAGGGAAAUCUUAUGUAACUAAAGAAAAUGGUGAAAAAAAAAGUUAUAAAAAAAAUUAUAUUAAUUACAUAAAAUUAAAUAAUGCAAAAUUAGAAGAUACGGAUUACACAAGUCAUCUAGAACUUAUUAAUCAAAAUUAUUAUUUUAAAGAAUUAAAUAAUAAACCAAAUAUAAUAAGUGAUCAUAUUGAUAUUAAUAUAUGCUACUCUAGUAAAAGUGAAAAAUCUUUAGAUGAAAGUGAUGAUGAUAGUUCUACUGAUUCGGUUGAUAAUUUUUAUGAAAAUAUUUGUCAAGAAGAUCCUUCAUUAGAUUUUUAUAAAAAUUCAUUAAAUCCAAAAAAUACAAAAAUACAAUCAAAUUAUGAAAAUUAUUUUAAUUCAAAAAAUAAUGCCACUGAAGAAAUAGAUGUUUUAAAUAAUUAUAUUAAAACAUUAACAGAACAAUCACAAAAAUCAUCAUCUCAUAUGGAUAUUGAUAAUAAAUUAAUUAAUAUCUUGUCUUUGUCAUUUUUAACAUUUAUUGAUCAUGUAAUUUAUGACUCUCAUAUAUAUGCAUUAAAAAACCAAACAACUUCAGAUACGCAAACAGUUAAUCAUAUAAAUAGUAUAUUACCUGAAGACCCAUUAAAAAUUCUAAAUAAUCCAAGUCCCACUAGUGCCGAAAAUAAUGACACAAAAGAAAAUCAAAACACUACUACUAAUAGCAUGGAAAACAUAAUAAAUAGUAAUAAUAUGACUAACUUUGAAACAUCUAAAGAUAACAAUGAAUUAAUAAAUAAUUCUAAAGAAACAAAUGAACAUAAAACACCACAAAUUGUCUACAAUCCUGAUGUAAUUAAUUUAUGUCUAAAUAAUCUAUACAACCAAAAAUUGGUAAACGAUAUUAUAAAUAAAAAGAAAAUAAAAACCGAACAUAAUAACAAUACUAACCAAACCGAUAACAAUAAUAAUAAAGAUAUUAAAAAGGAUAUAAACUUUUUGAAUAAUUAUUCUCAUAAUGAUACUAACAUAACUGACAUUCAAAACUCUAUAAAUUUUAAUCAUACUCAAGACUCAUUUGAAAUGAAAUUAGCCAGUAAGUUACAACAAAGAGAAAUCAUUAUUAACAAAAUAAAUGAAAAAAUCAAACAAAAUUCUGAAAACAUAUCAACUUUUGUAAAUUCGAAUAAUUAUUCUAUUGAAGACAUUUUUGAGCUUUAA